AGGUGAGUCGGUGUGUUGUGGACUCGUGGUGCUGGCUGCCGCUGUUCAGGCGGCCGGGAACGGGCGGUGGGGAGCGGGCGGAGCUGGCCCUGCCUCUGCCUGGCCGGCGCCGCAGUCGGCGCGGGCCGCGCCCGCCGCCGCCAACUGCCCUGAGCGCCUGCUGAGGCCGAGGGAGACGUCGGGGCCUGCACCUGGAGGGAGCCUGCCGCGCUGGCCCCGAGGAGGGGGCGUUGCCAUGGCGACAGCCUCUCCCGCUGCUGACGGGGGACGGGGGCGGCCCUGGGAAGGAGGGCUGGUCUCCUGGCCCCCCGCCCCUCCCCUUACUCUCCCCUGGACUUGGAUGGGCCCAAGUUGGGGACAACACCCCGGGCAUUGGGGCUUUCCAGCUCUCACAGAACCUUCAGCGUCCCCAGCUGCCGGUCUUGGCAUCUUCGAAGUAAGGAGAGUUUUAGAUGCUUCUGGAUGUUCAAUGCUAGCACCUUUACAGACUGGAGCAGCUCGAUUUUCUUCGUAUUUACUUUCAAGAGCAAGAAAAGUGCUGGGCUCCCACUUAUUUUCUCCCUGUGGUGUUCCGGAGUUCUGCUCCAUAUCCACCAGAAAGCUGGCGGCCCACGGCUUUGGCGCAUCCAUGGCGGCAAUGGUGUCCUUCCCUCCCCAGAGGUAUCACUACUUUUUAGUGCUGGACUUUGAGGCCACGUGCGACAAGCCACAGAUUCAUCCUCAGGAAAUCAUCGAGUUCCCCAUCCUGAAGCUAAAUGGCCGGACCAUGGAGAUUGAGUCUACCUUUCACAUGUAUGUCCAGCCUGUAGUCCAUCCACAGCUUACCCCAUUCUGUACAGAGCUCACCGGGAUUAUUCAAGCCAUGGUGGAUGGUCAGCCAAGCCUGCAGCAAGUGCUGGAGAGGGUCGAUGAGUGGAUGGCGAAGGAAGGCCUCUUAGAUCCAAACGUCAAGUCAAUUUUUGUCACCUGUGGAGACUGGGACUUAAAAGUCAUGCUCCCAGGCCAGUGCCAGUACUUGGGCUUGCCAGUGGCGGAUUACUUCAAGCAGUGGAUUAAUCUGAAAAAGGCUUACAGCUUCGCCAUGGGCUGCUGGCCCAAGAAUGGACUUCUAGACAUGAACAAGGGCCUCAGCCUGCAACACAUAGGCCGGCCCCACAGCGGCAUUGACGACUGCAAGAACAUUGCCAACAUCAUGAAGACACUCGCCUAUCGAGGCUUCAUCUUCAAGCAGACAUCGAAGCCAUUCUGAUUGGUCGAGGACAGGAUGGGGCAGGACAGGGUAGCUGUUUGGCCCAGCCCAGAAUCCUCCUCUCCCUCACCAGAGGGGAAGAGGGAGAGUGGCAUAGCUCUGCAUCCAGAGUGUCCCCCAGCUGCCCUGUGGGCUUGUGCCCUUGGCGUGGGCUUGUGCCCUUGCAAGGGCUUGGCCACUUGGCCCUUCUGGAGCAGACACUUUGUGCCCCCCAUCCCCACCCCUCAAUCUCAGCCCAGUAUUAGCCCCUCCCAUUGCGGGCCUGGGCUAGGGGAACCCAGGCACUCACCGCCUCCUCCCUGGUACACAGGCUUCUGUGGGGCCAGCAAGCCCCCCCCCGUGCCCCCUCCCAUCCAUAGUGCAUGGUGUGUGGUGCCCCCAGGGCUCCAGGACAGAUCAGGCCCCACCUUGUGUCUACCCCCAUCCCCGCUGUGAACGUGCCACUGAAUAAAGUCGGGGAAACGAGGCA